AUGUCUACGGCUUAUUGCGACCUCCGCUGCCUCCGUGGCCACUUCCUCUAUCUAUACCUCGGCUUACUGCUCCUUUUGAUCCCCGGAGAAGCCUACGAGAAGCUUUCGGAGGAUACACUGAAAGCACUGCCACGGCCAAGUCAAGACUUUGACAUUCACACCGGUGCUUUGUUUUCGCCAAUCCUACAACCUCGCGUCCCUGGCACCCCUGGCCAUACGGCGGUCCUCGAACACUUCGCAACCUUCUUCCGAACAACACUGCCAGAAUGGCAGAUUGACUUCCAGAAUUCGACCUCAAAGACUCCAGUAUCCCAUGGGAAAGACGUCCCCUUUGUCAACUUUAUUGCAUACCGAGAUCCACCGGGGACCGCAAAGGGAGAUGUGGGCCGAUUGACAUUAGUUGCCCAUUAUGACAGCAAACUGGAACCGGAGGGCUUUAUUGGAGCUAUCGAUAGCGCUGCGCCAUGUGCCAUGAUUAUGCAUGCUAUGCGCAGCAUUGAUUCUGCCUUGGACAAGAAAUGGGCGGCGAUGGAAGCUGAAGGCAUGGAUCUCUUGGACGAGCACCAUGGAAUACAGGUCCUCUUCCUUGAUGGUGAAGAGGCUUUCAAGGAGUGGACGUCUACUGAUUCAUUAUACGGUGCGCGUUCUCUCGCUGAACACUGGGAGACUCAGAUGAACCCUGCCAUGUCGACGUUCAAAACACCUCUAUCAUCUAUAUCUCUCUUUGUGCUACUUGACCUUCUCGGUGCAAAGAGUCCUAAUAUUCAGUCCUAUUACCCAACGACCCACUGGGCUUAUCAAAGCCUCGGCGCCCUCGAGAAGCGACUCCGAUCUCUUGGACAUCUGAAGUCCACCUCCACCGACCCAUGGUUUAUUGAUACAUCAAAGGACUCACAUCAAGUCAUGGCAUUCGGCGGAAUUCAAGAUGACCAUCUACCUUUUCUGGCGAGAGGAGUGGAAAUUCUUCACCUCAUCGACUUUGCACCCUUUAAGGGCUUCCCAUCAGUAUGGCACACGGCGGACGACGAUGCUGAGCACCUGGACAUGGAUACAGUGAAAGAUUGGAGUGUUCUAAUGACUGCAUUCGCCGCAGAGUGGAUGGAGCUAGACGGGUUCCUUGACCACGGGGAUAAGGUGCGGCGUGAAGAGGACCUUGAUGAGUCGGAGGCUAUCCGAUUAAACAAAAAGACCGAGUUGUAA